CGCUCCGCCUCAGCCAUGGUGCCCCUCCGCUUCCCCACCGCCACCUUCGCCCACCUCCCCACUCCCCCGCCUCCCCACCGCGCCGCCAUCGCCGCCGCGAUUGCCGCGGCCGCCGCGGCGGCAGCAGCAGCCGGCUUCGCCCUGACCGCCAAAUCUGCCGGUCGGCCGCUCCCGCUCCCGCGCCCGGCGCACUCUGCACCCCUCUGGGCCUCCCUCUCCCUUGCCGACAGCGGCGCUCCCGGCAACGUCGAGCCUCGCACCGGCGCCGCAUUCCCCUCCGAGACCGCCGCCGGGCGCCGCCUCCUCGGCGUCGGCCUCCGCAAGACCACCAUCCUCGGUCUCAAGUCCAUUGACGUCUACGCGUUCGGCGUUUACGCGGAUGACAGCGAUCUGAAGCAGCUGAGGGACAAGUACCAGAAGCUUCCCAUCUCUGAACUGAAAGAAAGUGAUGAGCUGAUCAACGAUGCACUAGAGCGCGACAUACGAAUGACAGUCAGGCUUCAGAUAGUUUAUGGGAGGCUGAGCAUUGGCUCAGUUCGGAACGCUUUUGAGAAGAGUGUAGGAAGCAGGCUUCAGAAGUUUGGGGGAUCAGACACCAAAGAGCUGCUUCAGAGUUUUGUUUCACUUUUCAAGGAUGAGUACAAAUUGCCAAAGGGAUCUGUAAUUGAGCUUUCAAGGGAAUCAAACCAUGUUCUUAAAAUAAGCAUUGAAGGAGAAAACGUGGGAAGUAUCCAGAACAAGCUCUUGUGCCAGUCUAUCUUAGAUCUUUACAUUGGAGACGACCCGUUUGACAAGAAUGCGAAAACCAACAUCCAAGAAAGUUUGGCCAGCAUCCUUAAAGCUUAGAAGUAGUGCUUUAAUUUAAGUGACAAUGAGUUUUGCAAAGAAGUUGUCAUUUUAGCUCCAAGAGCACUCUAAUAUCUGUUCAAACAUUUAUGGGAUGAAUGAGUUGGCUUCUGGCCCUAAAUUCCUUUUGGUCAAAGGAAUGAAACUAUGCUAACAUUAAAGGGUUU